UUUAGAGAUGACACAAUUACAUUUUCUUUCUACCAUUUUGGUACUUUUGAUUGUCAAUCAAACAAAUACCAUUGCGAUGGAAACAGAUAUGCCAAAUCUGUUGAAGCACUGCUAUGAACAAUUCACCAGAGGACUUCCUGUAACCGACAUCCAGGACCAUAGCAUACAAAGUUACUGUCUAGGUAGCUAUAUCUGGCAGAGCCCAAAUCUAAGACAUCAGCUAAAUUUGACCGAGACCCAGGUCAACUAUAUUCGAUCCUUUUACAGAGAAUACCAACAAAGGCUUCAAAAUAAAAGGCGUCACAAACGACAUGCACAACGCGCCUUCCGGCGAGAACUGCGAGUUUUGGAUGAUGCACAAAGGAAACGAUUUUUUGAUGCCCUAAUAAAGUUGAAAAAUGAAAAAGAUAAGUUUUACGAUAAAUGGGCUGAUAUCCACGAAAUGGUUUUAAGUUCCGCACAUUUUGGACCUGCCUUUCUAGGUUUCCACAGAGUAUACCUACUUUUCCUGGAGUUUCAACUUCAAAGGAUUGAUGGUUCCGUGUCCCUCUGUUACUGGGACUCCACCAUGGAUCACGAUAUGGUUAACCCACUGGAAACAGCAAUGUUCAGUAGAGCCUUAGUGGGUAAUGGUAUUGGUCCGGUAAUUAAUGGUCCCUUUGCAGGCUGGAAAUCGUCGGACGGAAAUAUUCUGGACAGAAACAUACACACGGGGGGUGCUCUGAUGAUAAAACCGGCUAUAAGGCGAUUUCUAACAGAUCCCACUGUUACACGUCACGAGCAAGUUUCUACUGGAUUUCGAGAACUUUUCGAAAACACUAUUGAAGGCCAGCAUGGCAAUGUUCAUGUCUGGGUUGGAGGUGAUAUGAGAAAUGCAAGGGCGACUGCCAACGAUCCCGUAUUUAUUCUACAUCAUACAUUUAUUGACUAUAUAUGGGAGCGAUUUAGACAAAAAAUAAGACAACAAGGUGUAGAUCCCUCUGCUGAUUAUCCUUGGCCAAUGUCUACUGCACCUUCUGAGCUUCAUGACCCAAGCAGAAAUAUGACCAUCUACAGAAAUUAUACAAAUUUAGAUGGAUACAGUGAUGUUUUUACAACAGAAUUUUAUCAUUACGAUGAUAUGCCAUCAUGCGCUUCUAACUGUAGUAAUUCUAAAUUUUUAAGGUGUAAGGGCGGGGUAUGUGUCGCACUUUCUGCCAACGACAUAGGUGAGCAAACAUCAGCUCAAGUUAUUAUUACAACGAGGUUUUUAGAUGGAACAGUAUUUCCAGACGAAGAGGAAGAGGUUGUGUCGUUCCAACCCUCAUUUGUUGAUCCAAGAACAUUAAAAGGAAAUGGAAUAACUGGACCAACAGGAGAAAAUCAUACAGCGGGAAUUGCAAUCUUUCAGUCCUUUAUAAAAGAUCACACGAUGGGCAACAGAAUAAAAAGAAAUGGAACAGACAUUUCUAAAGAGGCACCUGUUGGUUUCUUGCAGGGAAUGCGUAGUUUCAAAAGAGUUUUUUUUCCUGGUAGCUUUAGCCUGCACUUUCCAUUGACAAACUUUGGUAAUCCAUCCCAUCCUAGAAUUUUGGGAACGGUUGGUCGGAAUUUCAAAACAAGAAAUAUGUUAAGAUCAGGAAUUUUAACCCGAAAUGUUGGUCCUAAUGCGAUAGCUUUGCCGUUAGAAACCCUGAAAUGGUUGGCCAUCGCCGAAAAAUCUAGAGACCUCCUUCGCCAACGUUUAUAUCCGUCACUUUAUAGUCCACUCAUACAUCUUUGGGGCCCAAGUGUGUAUCAUAUUAAUACCCAAAGAGGGAGAAUUAGAAGACCUUUUCCAAAUAGGCUUUUAAGACUUAAUAAUGUCCGUAAAUUCGUCCGUCUUCACAAUUUUCCGAUUCGGAAUACCUUUACUUUGGACGGCGUUUCUGACAUUAACCGCAGGGUAUUUAUGCCAGUUCGUAUCGUUUAUUUAAGACGUCCAGGAAAUUUCAUCAAAUUAAGAAUCAGAAAUUUUCAUAAGAACCUAAGAGUUCCACCCAACUUCCUUGAACAGUCCGAUAGAUUUUCAUAUCGAGGAAAUUAUACGAAACAAAUAGUUCUAGAUGUAAGAAAACCGAGAUCAGAAGUCAUCAGAGAAACAAAGAAGAUAUCCUUUUUCUGA